AUGACGGAGCGGCCGCCCAGCGAGGCGGCCCACAGUGCCCCCCCGCUCGAGGGACGGGACGCGGCCGCGGCCGAGGCCCGCAUGGCCCCCCCGCACCUGGUACUGCUGAACGGCGUCGCCAAGGAGACAAGCCGCGCGGCCCCUGCGGAGCCCCCGGUCAUCGAGCUGGGCGCGCGCAGCGGUCCGGGGGGCGGCCCCGCCGGUGGGGGCGGCGCCGCGCGGGACUUAAAGGGCCGCGACGCGGCGGCGGCGGCCGAAGCGCGCCAUCGGGUGCCCACCACCGAGCUGUGCAGACCUCCGGGGCCCGCGCCCGCCUCGGCCCCUGCGGAGCUGCCCGGCGACGGCCGCAUGGUGCAGCUGAGCCCGCCCGCGCUGGCGGCCCCCGCCGCCCCCGGCCGCGCGCUGCUCUACAGCCUCAGCCAGCCGCUGGCCUCGCUCGGCAGUGGGUUCUUUGGGGAGCCAGAUGCCUUUCCUAUGUUCGCCACCAACAACCGAGUGAAGAGGAGACCCUCCCCUUAUGAGAUGGAGAUUACUGAUGGUCCCCACACCAAAGUAGUGCGACGCAUCUUCACCAACAGCCGAGAACGAUGGCGGCAGCAGAAUGUGAAUGGGGCCUUUGCUGAGCUCCGCAAGCUGAUCCCCACACAUCCCCCAGACAAGAAGCUUAGCAAGAAUGAGAUCCUCCGCUUGGCCAUGAAGUACAUCAACUUCCUGGCCAAGCUGCUCAAUGACCAGGAGGAGGAGGGUACCCAGCGGGCCAAGCCUGGCAAGGACCCUGUGGUGGGGGUUGGUGGUGGAGGCGGUGGGGGAGGGGGCGGUGCACCUCCUGAUGACCUCCUGCAGGACGUGCUGUCCCCGAACUCCAGCUGCGGCAGCUCGCUGGAUGGGGCGGCCAGCCCGGACAGCUACACGGAAGAGCCGGCCCCCAAGCACACAGCCCGCAGCCUCCAUCCCACCAUGCUGCCAGCCGCUGAUGGAGCAGGUCCUCGGUGAUGGGGCCGGGGCCAUUCAGGACCAGCCGGGAGGGCACCCUCAGGCCGCCGGGCCCGUGGGCUUCAGGGCAGGUGGGGUGAGGAUUGGGCAGCUCUGAAGCAGAGCAAUGGACUCAAUGAGCUUUCCUUGGUGUCUGAACUUGGCAGAGCUCUAACUGCCCCUGGGGCAGCUUCCCUGACUUCUGCCUCAGUGGGAGAACAGAAAAAUGGAGCAAAGUGGUAGGUACUUUUUAUGAAGACGGCACGGUCUUCCCCCUUCCCCCAAUCCCUAAGACUUCUCCAGUAAGAAGCUGGACUGACACUGCUUUUGGCCUGGAGCUUAGGGGCCUUGUCUUUGCCAAGACCUGGGGUUAUCAGCUCUCCCCGGCAGCAUCCAGCAGCCUCUGCCUUGCCUUUAGCCCCUCCCAAGCUGGCUGGUGUGGCUUGUGUGGCCACUCUGUCCAAAUAUGUAGGUACCCAGUCGCCGCCCAUUUCUGGGUGAGCCCCAUCUUCACCCAGGCCCAUGUCGGUCCACCCAGCUUGCCAGCUGCUGUAGACAGUCACAAGCCUCGAGGUGCCUUCUACAGGGCCUGGUUGAAGAAGAUGGCCAGUGGACAGCCUGCUCUCAACUAGCUGGGCCAGAGGGUCAGAAAACCCAGUAGCCCUUACUGCUUGCCCCGGGGAUCAAAGCUCUGCUUUCUCCCCACUGAGACUUGCCUUCCUAAUCCUUGCGGGGACUGAGUCUGUAGCUGAGAGCCUGCCUUGGCAGGCCUCAUGAAGGCAGAGAGAGGGAGAAUGGUGAGUGUGAAAUUGAACCAGAGCUCUUUGGGGCUUUGGGUUCGAAUCCUGGCGCUGUCUCAGAGCAGCCUGCCUGUACUCUCCACUCCCCGCCGCUGUUCUAGUGGCGAGCCAAUGGCUGUGUGCCGAUGGCCAUGUGCCGAUGGCCAUGCGCCUCUGCUUAGCGUGGAUGUGCAGCCCCGUCUGUGGGUCCCCCGAUGCUCUUCUCCGGGGUGUGUGUCUGCUGAUGGUCUGGUCUGAACCCAGCUGAGCACAAACCCUGUCCUGCGAAUUCCUGGCAUUUGGGAUUUUUGCUUGACUUUAGUUAUUGGUGGGAUCUUUAGGUCUUGAUAAGACCCAGGCUGUAGCCCCACUUGGAAGGCAGGGGGAAAACCAAUCAGAGACCAGGCCCUGGCUGAGAUCCAGACAAGUGCACAUUCACGCAGCAGAAUCUCCAGCACCCCUGGAUUCUACAACUCUCAGUCAUCUAGGGUGUGUAUGGAAGGCUGGCUUACCACCACAGGAGCACCCCCCUCUGAGAGCUGUACAUGAAAUUUUUGUAAAUCGAACCCUUAUCCUUCAUCUUUUAAAGAAAUACUACUGCAAGUCCUUUUGUAAAGUGAAGAAUUUUUUUGUAGAGUGGACCACUGCCCCUUGUUGAUCUCUUGUGUCAAUCCAGGUGGUGGGACAUGGUUUUCUUAAUGCCAGGCCUGCCUGUGACAUGCGUUCCACACCCAUGGAACAAACCCCGCACAAGCCCUAUACACGUGUCAUUGUAGCCUCAAGUCACCACAGCCACCUCCCACCAGAUUCCGUCUUUGAGGCUAAAGGGAAGACAGUCCCACCCAGUGAAGGGCCUUGAGCAGAGCCCUGUGCUCACAGGGCACAAACCUGGCUCUGUCCCCUCCCUCUUAAGUUGUGAGGUCCAGUUUGUGAGUAGGGGAGCAACGUGGUAAUCCUUUAGCACUCAGACUUUCUGUCCAUUUCAGACCCCCAGCAUCCUAUUUUGCUGAACAUUAGGCUUGUUUUCUUUCCAAUGCUUGGAAGCUCCUGUGAGGAAUCCCAUCUGUGUAAAGAGGGAGCUCCUAUCCUCGGUCCUAAAGCUGCGUUUGUUUCCCGGUGGAUUAAUUUGACUCGGAGUGAACAGUGGCCACAGUAUGGAUGGAUGGAGAGGUUUUAGGAGACGGAUCGCUCAUUCUAUCAGGAACUCAGGCUUCUGGCUUCCUCUUCUCUCAGACUUGCAGAAUGACGUGGAUAAGUUAUCCCUCUCUCAGUGUCCGUUUCUCAUAAAAUAUCCUGGCUUGGCCUGUCCAUUAGGGCUGUGGAUUCCAUUCCAAGUGAAAUCAUGAAAGUAGAAGCAUUUUGAGACCAGAAAGAACUCUUUUGACCUCAGCAUCAUUCCUGCAAUGGGGUUUCCCAUCCUGAGUCCAGGGCCUGGGCAGUGGGCCAGUCUGCCUGACUGCGCAGGAUCUGGGUAAUUUAGGUUCCAAACCACUUUUGCCUGAGUUAUCCUGAUUGUCCUCAUUUCUCCAGGUUGACCUCAUUUGUGUCUCCUUCCAAGGAGAGGUAGAGGAGUGAGAAUGGAAAAAGAUAUGGGCAAAGAACAUGUAAGACAUAACACAGCUUCCUGCAACGGGCCUGGGUAGGGAUGGGCAAAGCCUCAUGUUUUUGUAAGACUGACUGAAGAUCCAAAAUUUUAAUGUUCAUCUGCACACCCCCUCGCCCCACCCACUACACCCUCCUCCUUCCUCUGUCUCGUCACCUAUGAAGAAAUGGCAACCUUCCAAGAAUAAUACCUGUGCCAAGGGAAAAGAUGUAAAGGGGGAAAAAAUUGAGAACAGAGAUGAUUGUAAGAACUGGAGGGAUUCGCAUCUUUUCAGGAAAAUUCUUAUGCUUUUAUUGGCGGUGACAAACGACAAGAUGGUACAGCCUUUCUUCUUUUCCAAAAACAGAGCAAAGGGCCCAGCAUCUGUAGUCAGCCGACAACUAUCUCGGCCUUUGGGGAUGGUCUGGUCGUACUUGUGAUUCCGAUGGUACGUGACCCCCCCGCCGAAGGCUCGCCCCUGCCCCUGUACAUAGAGCGUUGUUCCUGUGGGCGGGCCCAGCACUUUCCGUCUAUGUUGUACUGUACGUGAUGGGUUGUGUUGGUCUCUGCAUUUUUCUGCAGAAGAGGAGUAACCGCUCCAGGUACCUUGACCUUUGUAUAGCCCGGAGGCCAACACUGUGGGCGUGACUCUUUAGCGACACAACCCUUGUGGUGAUGAUGUGUGUAUAUAUAUAAGGAUAUAUUGGGAAGAUUUCUAAAUAAAAGUUUUACAGACGG